UCCACAGGAAUUUGCUGAGCUGGAGGACUUAGAGUAUCAACAAGUGAGGUUGACUGGUAAUUUUGACCAUAGCAAGGAGAUCUUCCUUGGUCCCCGUCCUCUCUUGGUUGGCGGGGAUGUGCAUGAGGCAGGAAGUGGACUCAUAUCUUCUGGACAAAGUGGCUACCUUGUUAUCACACCUUUCAAGCUGAUUGAUAGAGACCUAACAGUACUAAUAAACCGAGGAUGGGUUUCACGUAAACAAAAAGAUCCAGCAACAAGAAUAAAUGGUCAAGUAGAGGGCCUAAUGGAACUUACAGCAGUGGUGAGGAAGACAGAGAAUCGUGUGCCCUUCAUGCCCAAAAAUACCAAGACCUCUACUGUGUUUACUUACAGGGAUGUUCCAGCAAUGGCCAGUAUGCUGGGUACUGCCCCUGUGUUUCUAGAUGCGGUUGACACCAUCCCUGGAGGACCGAGAGGUGCACAGACUCGAGUAACAAUGCGCAACGAGCAUCUUUCCUACAUUUUAACUUGGUAUACCUUAAGCUUGGCUACGUCAUAUAUGUGGUAUCGUCGCUUUAUCGUGGGAAAAAUUCUCAUGUAGCAACUGCUGGAGGAACCGUGUGAUAAUAUGAUAUUGAUAGUACUUGUAUAUGAAAC